AUUAAUACGUGGGCGUGACAAGGGUUCUUUACCACAGAAGGCCUACCCAAACUCAGGAUGCGCAUCUUCGUCUUCCUCGCUCUUGUCUGCUAUGCUGCGGCGCAGCAGUGCGGGCGGUCCUACUAUGCUCCAAAGCAGUACGUUGACCGCAUCAUCGGCGGGACGGAGGCGAACCCCGGCAGCUGGCCCUGGAUGGUGUCUCUUCAGGAAAACGGCUUCCACUUCUGUGGAGGGACGCUCAUCGGCAGCGAAUGGGUUCUCAGCGCCGCUCACUGCAAGAUCAAUGCACACAGGAUGACUGUUGUUGCCGGAGACCAUGACUUAUCGCGCAACGAUGGGAGCGAACAGGCUAUAGGGGCAGCCCAGGUUAUACCACAUCCAAACUAUAACUCCCGCACCCUCGACAACGACAUCAUGCUGAUCAGGCUCAGCACUCCCGUCAUCAUCAACAACCGGGUGAGCCCGGCGUGUCUGCCCGGGCAGGGGCAACAUGUGUCCGACGGGACCCGGGUCACCAUCACGGGCUGGGGAAACACUCUAACCAGCGGAACCAACUACCCAGACGCGCUGCACCAAGUGACCGUGCCCACCAUCGCCACGUCCACGUGUAACGCGGCGGGCUCGUACGCCGGGGAGGUGACCAACAACAUGUUCUGUGCUGGCCUCAUGAGCGGCGGCAAGGACUCCUGUCAGGGAGACAGUGGCGGUCCCGUCGUGGAUUCCGGCACGGUGUACGGCGUCGUGAGCUGGGGCUACGGCUGUGCUCAGGCCGGCUACCCGGUCUACGCCAAGGUCGCUAAUUACGUCACCUGGAUCAGCAGUUACGUCAAUGCGCAGUCCAGUUUCCAUGGCAACGGGAGACCGUAGUGACUUGCCACCAUCAAAAGACGUCAGAGAGACCCUAGCCGUCCCGUCAAUUCUUCUAUCAAUUGAAGAAUAAAGCUGUGGCUACCGA